CAUUCUUGUUCAUUAUUGCAGACUGCAGCCUUGUUUCGACUUCUCUUAGCAUAAACCAUAAACAAUCUUGAGCAUCUUUUUACUUUGCCGAAUCAUUAUGGGCGUGUAUACCAAACUGGCCGAUGACCUUGCGGAGGUGGAUGUGAUCAUUGCCGGCGGUGGCACUGCGGCAUGCGUGGUGGCCGGCAGAUUGGCCGAGGCCGAUCCCAAGCUCUCGAUCUUGCUUAUCGAGGGUGGCCCAAACAACUACAACGUUCCAAACAUUGUUCACCCGGUGUUCUUCCUUGAUCACCUUCUCCCCACCAGCAAGACCACCAUCUUCUACAAGGGCAACAAAGCGGCUCAGCUCGCGGACCGCGAGGUCAUCGUGCCUUCAGGUGGAACCCUUGGCGGUGGAUCAUCUAUCAACUUCAUGAUGUACACACGAGGCCAACGAUCUGACUUCGAUUCAUGGAAGUCCAGCGGCUGGUCUGCGGAUGAUCUAUUGCCAUAUAUGAAGAAGUUGGAGAACUACAGCGGUCAAGGCGAAAAGGAUCAUCACGGCUACGACGGCCCGGUCCAUAUUUCCGACAGUACAUUCCGCGCCCGCGGACUCCAGGACGACUUCCUCGGCGCUGCGGCCAAGGUCGGUUGGCCUGAGAUCAAGGACCUUCAGACUCUGGAUGCAAACAACGGCAUCGAGCGAUGGCAGAACUACAUCUCAGAGGACGGCAAGCGACAAGACACGGCGCACAAAUACGUCCAUGAGAAGCUCCAGUCAGGAAACUACCCCAACUUGCAUGUGCUGGUUGAGUCAAAGGUUCUGCGUGUUCUCUUCGACGACGACAAGCAAGCUGUUGGCGUAGAGUACACGCCCAACCCAGACCUCCAACCCGCUGUACAGACUCCGCAGCACCCCAAGCUCACUGUCCGAGCAAGGAAGCAGGUCAUUGUAUCCUGCGGCGCAUGCGGCACCCCGCCAGUCCUUGAGAGAUCUGGCCUGGGCGAUCCCGAGCUACUGAAGAAGGUUGGCGUUCCUGUCGUUGUCGAUCUCCCGGGAGUGGGUCGUAAUUACCAAGAUCACCACUUGGCUCUUUACCCUUACAGGACAAGUCUCCAACCUCACGAGACUAUUGACCGCGUCCUGAGGAACCCGGGUAACCGACAGAAGCUUAUUGACGAUAAAGAUGAUGUCUUGGGCUGGAACUCCAUCGACAUCUCGUCGAAGCUUCGACCGAGUGAAGAAGAUGUGGCAGGUUUUGCCCCCGAGUUCCAAGCUGCCUGGAACCGGGACUACAAGAACUCCCCUGACAGGCCACUGAUGCUCAUGGGCGUUGUGUCAUGUUUUUUGGGCGACCCGUCAUCUGUCCCGGAGGCACAGUACGUCACGGUUGGAAACUAUACAGCAUACCCCUACUCCCGUGGACACAUGCACAUCACUGGGCCGGAGCUCAGCGAUCCCCUCGACUUCGAUGUUGGCUUCUUCUCGGACCAACACGACAUCGACGUGAAGAAGCAGAUCUGGGCCUACAAGAAGCAUCGUGAGAUCAUGCGUCGCACGGCCAUGUAUCGCGGCGAGCUUGCCCCCGGUCACCCGGCCUUCCCCGAGGGAUCUGCAGCCGCAUGCAUUGAAGCCGAAGCGCCACUCUCCAAUGUCGAGGACCUCAAGUACACGGCUGAGGAUGAUGCAGCCAUUGAGAAGUGGCUGCGAGAGAAUAUCGGCACGACUUGGCACUCGCUAGGUACUGCAAAGAUGGCUCCUCGCGAAGAAGGCGGUGUUGUCAGCGAGUCUCUGGACGUGUGGGGAACAAAGAAGCUCAAGAUUGCAGACUUGAGUAUCCCGCCUAUGAAUGUAGGUGCGAACACGAACAAUACUGCUAUUGUCGUGGGAGAGAAGGCGGCAGCUAUUCUCAUUAAGGAGCUGGGGCUUUAAAUAGUUGAAUAUUUCUGAUCGCACUUAUGAUGCUUUCACUACGCCAUCCCAGGACUACCUCAAGCAACCAACUUAGAAAGGCAAAUAUGAAUGAUCUAUUAUUUUGCUUCA